GGCUGGGGACAGGCAGGAACCGGAGCAGCACUGCCACCUCUGGCGCGAAGGCUCAGGCGCCUCCUCCCGCCCCACCACUGUGGGCUCUGUGCACGCUGCCGGCUGCUGCUCUCUCCAGCCUCUGAAGAAGAAAGCCCGUGAGCCGCUGUCGCUUGAACCAUGGCUUUGGGCCGAAGGGGCUGGGACAGCUCCCAUGAGGACGACCUGCCUGUGUACUUGGCCCGGCCGGGCACCACCGAUCAGGUCCCCCGGCAGAAGUACGGAGGCAUGUUCUGCAACGUGGAGGGAGCCUUCGAGAGCAAGACGUUGGAUUUCGAUGCCCUGAGCGUGGGACAGCGCGGCGCCAAGACUCCCCGGAGCAGCCAGGGCAGCGGCCGCGGCGCGGGGAGCCGGCCAGGGGUGGAGGGGGACGCGCACAGGGGCCAGGGUCGGGAGGAGAGCAGGGAACCAGCGCCUGAGUCGCCCAAGUCCGCUGGGGUGGAGAUCCGGAGCGCCACCGGCAAAGAGGUCCUGCAGAACCUCGGUCCCAAAGACAAGAGUGACCGUCUUCUAAUCAAGGGAGGAAGAAUCGUCAACGAUGAUCAGUCCUUUUAUGCUGAUAUUUACAUGGAGGAUGGCUUAAUAAAGCAAAUUGGAGACAAUCUGAUUGUCCCCGGAGGUGUGAAGACCAUUGAAGCCAACGGGAAGAUGGUGAUUCCUGGAGGCAUUGAUGUCCACACUCACUUUCAGAUGCCUUACAAGGGGAUGACCACAGUGGAUGAUUUCUUCCAAGGGACAAAGGCUGCCUUAGCAGGUGGCACCACCAUGAUCAUUGACCAUGUAGUACCUGAACCUGAGUCUAGCCUGACGGAGGCCUAUGAAAAGUGGCGUGAGUGGGCUGAUGGGAAAAGCUGUUGUGACUAUGCUUUGCAUGUGGACAUCACCCACUGGAAUGACAGUGUCAAGCAGGAAGUACAGAACCUCAGCAAAGACAAAGGUGUUAAUUCCUUCAUGGUUUACAUGGCCUACAAGGAUUUAUAUCAAGUGUCCAACACAGAGCUCUAUGAUAUCUUCACCUGCCUGGGAGAGCUGGGGGCCAUUGCUCAAGUUCAUGCCGAGAAUGGAGAUAUCAUUGCCCAGGAGCAGGCCCGGAUGUUGGAAAUGGGGAUAACUGGCCCAGAAGGCCACGUUCUGAGCAGACCAGAAGAGCUGGAAGCUGAGGCUGUGUUCCGUGCCAUCACCAUCGCCAGCCAGACCAACUGCCCCCUCUAUGUCACCAAGGUCAUGAGCAAGAGCGCAGCUGAUCUCAUCUCACAAGCCAGGAAGAAAGGAAAUGUGGUCUUUGGCGAACCCAUCACUGCCAGUCUCGGGAUAGAUGGAACUCAUUACUGGAGUAAGAACUGGGCCAAGGCAGCUGCAUUUGUGACAUCCCCACCUCUGAGCCCUGACCCAACCACACCUGACUACAUCAACUCCUUGCUGGCCAGCGGUGAUCUGCAGCUCUCUGGAAGUGCCCACUGUACCUUCAGCACUGCCCAGAAAGCCAUCGGGAAGGACAACUUCACAGCCAUCCCUGAGGGCACCAAUGGUGUGGAGGAGCGCAUGUCUGUCAUCUGGGACAAGGCUGUGGCCACGGGAAAGAUGGAUGAAAAUCAGUUUGUGGCUGUGACAAGCACCAACGCCGCCAAGAUAUUCAACCUGUACCCACGCAAGGGGAGAAUAGCCGUGGGCUCGGACAGCGACCUGGUCAUCUGGGACCCAGACGCUGUGAAGAUUGUCUCUGCCAAGAACCACCAGUCGGUUGCAGAGUACAACAUCUUUGAAGGGAUGGAGCUUCGCGGGGCACCUCUGGUGGUUAUCUGCCAGGGCAAGAUCAUGCUGGAAGACAGCAACCUGCAUGUGACCCAGGGGGCCGGCCGCUUCAUUCCCUGCAGCCCGUUCUCUGACUAUGUCUACAAGCGCAUUAAAGCCAGGAGGAAGAUGGCAGACCUGCAUGCAGUCCCAAGGGGCAUGUAUGAUGGACCAGUGUUUGACUUGACCACCACCCCCAAGGGGGGCACCCCAGCUGGCUCUACUCGGGGCUCUCCCACUCGGCCGAACCCACCAGUGAGGAACCUCCAUCAGUCAGGAUUCAGCCUGUCAGGCACCCAAGUGGAUGAGGGGGUCCGCUCAGCCAGCAAACGCAUCGUGGCGCCCCCUGGGGGCCGUUCUAAUAUCACAUCCCUGAGUUAAGCAAGCCCUCCCAAAGAGGGAGACAGAAGCAAGAAGAGAUUUUUUUCUGAAGCCAAAAUGGUACACCGAUAUUUAAGAAGGAAAGUGAAUCCAAACAGUUGUGAUCUAAAGAAUCAAAUAAGCCUCAAGCCUUAUGUUUCCCGAUGUUAUGCUCGCUUGCCUAGCUUUAUGAAUUGCUUUGAUUUCUGUUUAUGCAUAACCUUGAUUUCUUCGAUUCCCCCCUCCCCCACUUACAUGCAUGCGAUCAGACAGGCCGCUAAGGUAGAGUCUGCAUAUUAUAGUGUUGAGAGCGUAUGUAGCGCUGCAUCUUACGACAAGGGGACAAGACGAAGCUGGGACGUCAAGACAAUGAACAAAAGGCAGGAAGGUUUCUUUGGGUGAUUGGGUGGUGGGAGCCCAGGGCAAGGUGGAGGGCGCAAAGGGGCUGGAGUGGGAUGUGUAGGAGGGAGGUGGGUGGGCUGGGUGAGCAGGAGGGUAUUGUGUGUUGUGUUGAUGAUGUGCGUUAAUUUCACGGGAAAUGGCCACGUGUGGCAACUGGAUGCUCCAUCACAGUCCCCUGGGAUCUGCAGAGAAAGCAGGAGGAGGUCUUUGGGUCCUGGACUUUGUCAUAUCCUUUCCUAGUAGAUUUUGCUUUGUUAAUCAUUUGUUAAAUGUCAGAAUCCAACCAAUUCUUCCACUUGUUUUAUGAUACCAGUGUUUGCUUUCCAAGCCUCUUUUCUGGGCUGUGAAGGCCUCACAGGCAGAACACAUGGAGAGAGAGGUCUCUUCCUCUUCUGCUUCCUCGGUGCUCAUCAAAGGCUGCCACGGAGAGUGCAGCACAGGCUCUGGGUGGGGAGAGCAGUGACUUUUCGAUGGCCUUCCUCUCAGCCCUGGCGAGGCAGCUCUCUCUCUCUCUCUCUCUCUCUCUCUCUCUCUCUCUCUCUCUCUCACUCUCUCUCUCUCCUGCCUGCAAGCUGAGGGGAGAGACACAUGCUCUUGCCUGCUGAGUUAACAUCAUGGUAGAGAGACUCAAGCGUGAUGUGAGUGACUAUCUCUUGAUCUUCUUGGAUCCAAACACAUUCGAGAUUUUUCUUUCUUUCUUCCUUCUUUCUUCCUUCUUCCUUUCUUUCUUUCUUUCUUUCUUUCUUCUCUUUCUUUCUUUUAAAAAAACUUUUUGGAAAACUGACUUUCUCAGUUGUUCUAAAUCUUGAACCCUAAUAAUAAUACUCUUAGCUUCUAUGGGAGUAAAGCAGAGAUUUAAGGAAGCCAGCCUUGGGUAGCAGGAGUAUACCAUGUGUUGCCAUCUUUUCAAUUCUAAGCCAUGUGUUUCCUCUUCUACUAGCAGGUCCCCGGGGGUGGGGAUGUCACUUUUUCAUCGGUACUGAAAAUCUCCAGGGUGAGAUGUAUGAAGUGACAGGAUGCACCCUUCUUGCCGUGGCACAUGAGGGGAGUGGGCAGCAAUGUUUGCACCCCCUUUUGUUUGUCGGAGUUGGAAGUCCGUGUCCCUAUCACACUGUUUCCGAAGUCACUUGUGAACCUGAUUCUGUGAGCAAGAUAGGGGUCUGUGGAAGGCAGCGGGCUCUCCUGCAGGCAACAUGCUAUCAACGUUGGCUCAGAUGCCUGUCUGUGCUCUGGAGGCCCAACUGGGAAUAAACACCACACUGCACUAAGUACUCUGAAGAUCAGAGCAGGGCUCCUACACCUUCUAAGUACUUAGGAGAAGCCGCCAUCUCUGCCUCCAGGUGGUUUUUGUUCAUUUGUUCUGGUGUCUUUGGAGGUGGAGGAUUUAUUUGUUCAUUUUGUUUUGUGGAGCCCGACAAUUGAGUCCAGGGCCUCUCCCGUGCUAGGCAAGCGCCCUGACACUGUGCUACACAGGGCCCCCGGCCCUGACUGCAGGUUGUAAUGAAACUGAGAAGCAGAGAAACAUGAGCAGGUUGGCUCCCGAGGGGAUUUGGAAAUAGCAGAGGAAGGGGAUUUCCCUGAGCAAGCUAGUUUCGGCUCCAAUCGUGGAAAAGGCCCUUUCAACUUCUCAACAGAGAAUCUUGCUUUUUAAAUAAGCUCUCAUGGUGCUUUCAUUUUAAAGGAAAAUCUAGCAGAAGAAAAUGAGGGGAGUGUAGUCUUGAAUUACAAUUCAAAGAUUUGGGGAUUUCUUCAGGAACUCAGAAUGACUUUUACAGGGAGUUUUCCAGAUCCGAAGCAUGUUCACUAUAUACCUCAAUAGCCAGGCUUGGCUGCAGCAUAGGUUGUAGUACCAUCAGUUGCCACCAGAUGGAGGAAGAGACAUGCAAAUUAACUAAUUCUGGGCCACAACUGUGUGGUUUCCCAUGCCUGAGACCAACUGGUCCCUCCAAGGGCCUCCCUGGUCAUGAGAAAUAACUUUCUCUGGGUCAUCUGCGCUGCACUUGGGUCUUCCAAGAUGUGCCACUGUGCCGAAACUUGAUGUUCCACUCAAGCAUUCUCUGUGUGAGGUGCAGCUUCUUGAAGCCCUGAAGGCGGGCCGGCACCAUCUCAGGACGCCUCCCUUUCUGCAUUCACUGUUAGUAACACCCAAGCGUAGAAAUUCCCGAAACUUCAUUGACUUGCCCACUGUUUUCUCAACAUGAGAAUUUUUCUAAGCAGCGUGUUCCUUGAGUUGAAAUUUUAUAUUUAAAUUGGUUCUGCUCCAUAGAUACAUCAGACAACCCACCCGCCCCAGUCACUGGGUUGCUGGGAAGGAAAAUGACAAGAAUUGGGGGCUUCCUCCAAAAUCACUGGCAUUUUAUCGAAAGGUGGGAGGGCAUGUUGGGAAUUAUCUUCUCUCAAGAGGCCUUGUCAUCCGGGCUUUCCACCCAGCUCCCCUCAAAGAAAACCGUGUAAUCUCUAAACCCCAAGUUGUUUCUAAGCCCUGAUGCCAAUCUAUUGGCAUUUGCUCUGAAGGGCCACCGGCUUGAGAGGUUGAGAAGCUCUUGGCGGAGCAAUGAAAUCAGCUUCCCAGUGAAGAUAUUCCUUCUAGUUCUAAGUUUCUUGAAACUAAUAGAAUUGUAGUCAUCCUCCAAAAUGGUCUUUGCCCUACUUCAACAUCUAGUGGUUCUUUGGGUCAUUUCUUUGUGACAAUACCAGAGAUAGUAUCUCAUCUCCCAAGGCCUGAAUCCUCACUCUGGCCUCCAUUCUGCUCAUUCUACUAAGUCCCUUCCAAGAGGCAAAUACUUCCCGAUUUUGAUUCCUGCCCAAGGCCCCAGGUCUUCUCUCUUAGCCGGCCCCAGCUUGAGUCCUGAUGCAGUCAGUCAUGGGCUGGCCCAGGCAGCCAGCAUCCCUCCUCGUCAUCCCCCUUUGAGACAUGGUGUGUGGGUGUUCAGUGCUGUGUCUGGUGGCUAUGGACAGACAGUGAGUCUCCCUGUGACCUGUGCUAGCUGUGAGGCAGCUCAGAAACUGAAGAGCUGCUUGAUUUGAACCGUGAAGAAAACUGUGUAUUGAGUUAGCUGAGAUUAAAGAAAAAAAAAAAAAGCUCAUCAAGUGACUGUUAAUGUAAACCUGGUUAUUAAAAUAAUUAUAAAAUUA